AUGAAGAGGCCACUUGUACCACGCUCAUCCCCAUUCCCAAAUGCAUCGGUCAAAGUAGCUCGCAGAAGGAUGGAGCAUGUUGCUCAGUAUUCACAGAACAAUGUGAUGCCUAUGCCUCAUCAUCCAGCGUUGUACAGCAUCGAUGGAGCCUCUUCACCGGAAGCAGCUGUGAAGGCAUUUUGGGAUAACCAAAGGGCUGAGCUACAAAACUUGACAGGGUUCAAUAUCCAACAUAGUUUUUCCCUAUGUAGGGUCAAAAGGGUUUUGAAAGCCCAACCUGAAGUCAGGAUGGUAAGCGGUGAUGCUCCUGCUUUGUUUUCGAAAGCAUGUGAGUAUUUUGUUCUUGAGCUAACACUACGAGCUUGGGUACGGACUCAAGCUUGCACCCGUCAGACAAUCCAGGGUUGCGAUUUUGUUGAGGCUUUAAAAAAAUCCGAAACUUAUGGCUUCCUUGUCAAUCGUGUUCAUUUUGGACCGUGUUGUGCCAUACAUCAGGGUGUGCUAGAACAUGCAGAACCUGAGCAUGUGUUGCCUCGUGCCGAAAUGAUGUUGCCGGACAUGAAUGUUCCGUUCGAUAUGAACCAAAUUGAGCAGGAGAAUGUGAUUGCCGAGCCCUUUAACAAUAAAAAAGGGUUUGACUUUGACCUCAACACUAUCUACAGUGAGCAUGAUUCUGAUGGAAGCUACUGA